GUCGUUUUGUGAGAUCCUUGGAUUUUUUUUUUAUGUGUUUCGUGAUUUUUUUUAAACAUCAUCCACACGAUUCGGAUUUUUACAUCGACCCAGUUGCCAGGAUCGUAUAAAUAACCUGUUUCAACGCUGUAAGCAAAGACGAGGUGCAUGCGUCGUCACGUUACAGUAGCACUGAUGUCAACACAUGGCACAGCAGACGUGCAGAUAGCCACCAUUAAUCUUAACUCGGGUCGCAGCGAACUGCGCGCCGGAGAAGGGGAGAGAAGAGCGUCGCCAGCAGUCGUGUGAUUGAGUGGCGGGCUGGUCCUAUUGUUGGGAGAGGGGCAUUGUGUGGGGGGCGCGUGACGAUCAGCCCCUCGCGCAGGGAACUGUGACACUUGAUUUGACAGGGAUAUAUUUCGUGUGACUUAUGCUUUGACACGUGACGUUGUUGGAUCGCCUUUGUCGACAGGUAGUUCAGGAAAUAAGGAAUAUAUACAGAUACGUCUUGUUGGAUAUAAACACUGGUUGGAAAGGGGAAAAAAAAAGAGAAAAAAACUUGGACUGGAUUGUCUACCUUAAAAUUACCUCCCUUAGAUUAUCUCCCCUGACUUCCCCACGUUGGAGUAACCUGCCCUUGAGUUUGACAGACGACGGCAGCAGACGUGAGUGACAGAUUGUUUUCCAGCGCGGGAUUUAAAGCAGCCGUCAGGGAGGAUGGCAACUGACCAUCAGAGAAUUGUCGUGUUGGCCGCUGACUUGAGCGAUCACUCGGAGAAAGCCUUUAACUGGUAUGUCCAUAACUUCCACAAACCCGAGAACAAGGUGGUCAUUGUCCACACACCAGAGUACAGCAUCGGGCAAUCAGACAUGAGUCCGAGCAAGAUUGAAGAGUCCAUCCAGGAAGCAAACGCCAAGACCGAGAUGAUAAAGUCCAAGUUUGUUGAGAAGAUGAGUGAAUUAGGGAUGAACGGGGAGUUUGUUGCCCUGGAUGACAAGGAUCCCGGACACGGCAUAUGCAAAUUUGCUGAACGAGUCAACGCUACGUUUAUUGUCACAGGCACCAGAGGUCUGGGUAAAUUCCGUCGCACAAUGCUGGGCAGUGUCAGUGACUACAUCCUCCACCACUCCCAUGUCCCUGUCCUCAUCUGUAGGCUCAAGUACCUGGAGGACAAAUACUGACCAGGCUGGUCCAACAGGCUGCAGGACCUUCAGAGGGACUGCUGGACACUAGAUGAUGCCUUCACAUUAACAACUUUCCAAAUGUUAUAAUGUCAUGUUUGACUUGUAUGUAGCCC